AAAGCCAACACAUACCCACACUGACUGUAUCUAACAACACAACCCAAAACCAAAUUAUAAAAGAAAAAAAGUGAGAGAAGAAGAAGGAUAAAGAAAAAACAACAACAGAAAAGGCUGCUCCAGUUCUCUUAAACAACAACAAGAAAACCAUUACAAUAUAUAUAUAAAUACAUACAACAAGAAGAUCAGAGUGUGUGUUCUUCUUAUUAUCUAUAAAAUAACAAGAAAAAAUGGAGUACUGUUUGUUGUGGUUUUAUUACUGGUUUAAGGUAGUUGGGAUGAGUUUAUUGGGUUUGGUAAUAGUUUUAAAGAUUGUGGUUCUGCUAUGGUGGAGACCAAGAAGAAUUGAGGUUCAUUUCGCAAAACAAGGAAUUAGAGGGCCUCCUUAUAAGUUUUUUAUUGGCAAUGUGAAGGAGCUUGUGGAGAUGAUGAUCAAAGCUUCUGCUCAGCCUAUGCCUCAUUCUCACAACAUUCUUCCUAGAGUUCUUUCUUUUUAUCAUCACUGGAAGAAAAUCUACGGUGCAACAUUUCUCGUUUGGUUCGGACCAACUGCCCGCCUUACUGUCUCCGAUCCAGACCUUAUCAGAGAAAUUUUUACUACAAAAUCUGAAUUCUAUGAGAAAAUUGAAGCUCACCCUCUUGUUAAACAGCUUGAAGGUGACGGUUUGCUCAGUCUCAAAGGUGAAAAAUGGGCUCACCAUAGAAAAAUUAUCACUCCUACAUUUCACAUGGAAAAUCUCAAAUUGCUGGUGCCUGUGGUGGCAAAGAGUGUGAUUAACAUGGUGGAGCAAUGGUCGUCGUCGAAAACAACCGACGAGGUAGAAAUUGAAGUGUCGGAAUGGUUUCAAACCCUAACAGAAGAUGUUAUUACAAGAACUGCAUUCGGGAGUAGCUAUGAAGAUGGUAAAGCCAUUUUCAGAUUACAAUCUCAGCAAAUGGUUCUUGCCGCUGAAGCUUUUCAAAAGGUUUCAAUUCCCGGCUACAGGUUUUUUCCGACGAGGCGGAACAUAGAAUCUCGGAAAUUGGACAAGGAAACGAAGAAAUCGCUGAUGAAAUUGAUCGACCGGCGGCGAGAAAGUUCGGGGCAAGAAAAGGGUGGUAGUGGUAAAGAUUUGUUAGGACUGAUGAUUCAAGCAUCAAAUUCUUGCCCAAAUCUGGUGACAGUACAUGACAUAGUAGAGGAGUGCAAGAGCUUUUUCUUUGCAGGCAAACAGACCACAGCUAAUUUGCUGACGUGGACGACGGUCCUACUCGCUAUGCACCCACAGUGGCAGGUGGAAGCACGUGAGGAGGUGCUGAGGGUGUGUGGAUCACGUGACUUACCCACCAAAGAUGAUGUUGUCAAGCUAAAGACGUUGGGCAUGAUACUGAAUGAAUCUCUACGGCUAUAUCCGCCAACGAUCGCAACGAUCCGACGGUCGAAAACGGAUGUAGAGCUCGGGUGCUACAAGAUCCCACGUGGGACCGAGCUUCUGAUACCGAUCUUAGCCGUUCAUCAUGAUCAAGCAAUAUGGGGAAAUGAUGCAAACGAGUUCAAUCCGGGGCGUUUUGCAGAUGGUGUAGCAAGAGCAGCUAAACAUUCUAUAGCUUUUAUACCAUUUGGGCUCGGAGUCCGAACUUGCAUUGGGCAAAACCUAGCCAUUUUGCAAGCAAAACUAACCCUAGCCAUUCUACUACAACGCUUCUCCUUUAGAUUGGCUCCAACCUACCAACAUGCACCCACCGUUCUUAUGCUACUAUACCCACAAUAUGGUGCACCCAUCAUUUUCAAAAGGCUACCCAAACCCAAUUCAAUUCACCCAUCAACCUAAAUGGGUUCAUUCUCUACCCACCCACCCACAAAACAAUGGUCCUCUAUAGUCUAUGCCAACCUAUGCUUUUGUGUGACCCCUCAAAAAAAGAAAAAAAUAUAGGAGCUUUCAAGUGAGAAAAUAUUAUUACAUAUAAAUAUAUAUCUACUCAUCAUCAUCUUCUCCAAAUUCCCUUUGAUGUCUUACUAACCCUAGCUAUUCAUGCCUAUGGUUUUUCUACCCAAUCUAUUUUACCUUGGCAUGUAAUUAAUUGAUCCAUGGUUUUCAUCAAAGUGUUUACCUUGGCAUUUGAGAUUUUUAAUUAGACUUGGUAUAUUUGGUAAUUAACAAUUAGGUAGCUCUCCCUAAUUUUAUCUUUCUCUUGUAUCUAAUGUAUAGUUGUAAGCAAUCUCUAUACAGUUUUGUAAUAUUGUAAUGCUUUGAUUAAUUAUUUUAUUAUUUAAUUAUCUAAUGGAUGCAAGAUUUUAAAUUUAAA